AUGUUCUACUCCAGCUUGACAGUGAACAUCAAUCUCCAGUAUAAGUCGAAUUCGAGUGAUUCGUCUGCUUCAAGGCUUGGCAACAGUAGCCCCAUGGAGCCAAAAGAUAUUCAGAGACUGACGUUGGCUCGCCUAAUCGUAAUUGGUGAGAAGGUGGUAGCUGCUGCUAUUAAUAAAUCAGUUUCUUUCCACGGUAAAACUCCUCUCUUUGGCAUUCAUCCUGGCAUGAAGGCGAUUACAAAAGUUCACAUCAUCAAAUCAGGCGUCGUCCUUCAGACUAAGAGACAACGUUUUAAAGCACCAACCACUUUUCGAUAUCUGCAGCAAAUUGGUGACCUCGGGGCCAGUCAUAGGUGGCACUCAAAGGAUAAUCGGUGUCGGUCCUUAAAGACACCGCUGCAGAAUUGA